CGCCGGUCUCGUCAGCCAAUGGCAAGCAGGGAAAGCGGGACGGCUUGCCUCUCCGGCCUUCGACUCCCCCCAGAACGAGGAGCUUCGUCACCGUCAGUGCGGUGGUCCAGGCGCUCUGACUUCCCUUCUCCCGCCUCUCCGGCUCAGGCAGCGGGCGCGGAGAGAACCACAACAGGCACAGCGCUCUGUCCGCUGCUCACUGCUCUGGUGUCCACCUGAUGGAGAAUGUGGCAAAGGACUUACCCGCUGGGGCAGUGGCUGCUGUACUGAAGCCUAGUGAGCGACUACCUGAAGGGAGCCUGACUGUGCGUGGCUAUGACUUUAACCAUGGAUUGGAUUAUCAUGCCCUGCUCCAGUCUUAUCUCACCACAGGCUUCCAGGCCACUAGUUUUGGCCAGGCUGUGAAUGAAAUCAAUCGCAUGAUAGAGGCAAAACAGAUGCCACUGGGUGAGCAGGAAGGAGACCAUUCUGCCCUAAAUCCCUGUUCCCGCCACCUAACAGGGUGUACCAUCUUCCUGGGCUUCACAUCCAACCUCAUCAGUUCAGGAGUCCGUGAGAGCAUUCGCUAUCUGGUGCAGCAUAACAUGGUAGAUGUAUUGGUGACCACAGCAGGGGGUGUAGAAGAAGAUCUCAUAAAAUGCUUGGCACCCACCUAUGUUGGAGACUUCAGCUUGCGAGGGAAGGAACUGAGGCAGAAUGGGAUUAACAGGAUUGGGAAUCUGCUGGUGCCCAAUAACAAUUACUGCAAGUUUGAGGACUGGCUGAUGCCAAUCCUGGACCAGAUGGUGACAGAGCAGGACACAGAGGGUGUGAAAUGGACUCCAUCAAAGCUCAUUGCCCGGCUCGGCAAGGAAAUCAACAAUCCUGAAUCAGUCUAUUACUGGGCUCAAAAGAAUAACAUUCCUGUGCUGAGCCCAGCACUAACUGAUGGCUCCUUGGGGGACAUGAUUUUCUUUCACUCUUAUAAGAAACCAGGCCUUGUGUUGGACAUUGUGGAAGAUCUGAGGCUCAUCAACACCCAGGCCAUUUUUGCCCGGAAAACAGGAAUGAUAAUCUUAGGAGGAGGCCUUGUCAAGCACCACAUCGCCAAUGCAAAUCUGAUGAGAAAUGGUGCUGACUUUUCUGUGUAUGUCAACACGGCACAGGAGUUUGAUGGCUCAGACUCAGGAGCUCGACCUGAUGAGGCAGUGUCCUGGGGAAAGAUCCGCAUGGAUGCCAAACCUGUCAAGGUUUAUGCUGAUGCUUCCCUGGUAUUUCCACUGCUGGUUGCAGAGACCUUUGCACAGAAACCAAAUGCCUUCAUUCCAGAAAAGCUAAAUGACUAAGCCAAGGACUGUUGUGUGAGGCAUCUCAGUUACUAGGAUCUACCUGCACCUGCUUUGCAUGGCAGUGCAGCUGCUGGCACUUGCACUGAAAUUUACAAUAUCUAUUUGGGUAAGAUGGAAGGCAGUUUAACCUCUAGGACAAAAUCUUGUUCCUUCUCUACCCUGAACAGAGGUGAAACCCUUGUUCCCAUUUCAGAAGGCAGGUGUCUUCUACCCAUUCCCCCUGUAAUCACAAGCUUUUCUUCCAAUGAACCUGUUAAGAGGAUAGCUUAUUACUUCUCUAUGUCUCAUACACUAAAACAUGCUAUUGUCUGAGAGACAAAACUGUUGGAUUGUGUCCUCAGCUUGUUGAUUUUGCUUUUUUUUUUUUUUUUUUGGUGAUAAUGCCAGGAUUCUGCUGUUGACUUAUCAUCUUUUAAUAGUCUUGGGCCUGAAAACAGACAACUAAUCCAGGCCAUAUACCCAAUCCCUUGUAUUUAUUUAUUGGUGUGUUUUUAAUGUGGAGUUGGCUCAAGAACUCCAACUUCCUAAUAAAUAACUUUGGAUCUUAAA